CGGAAACCUUGGGCACUAGGGAGAGGGGCCACUUCCCCCCCCCCCCCGUCCGAGCCCGGCGAGCCGAGGAGGGGCAGCCGGGGACCAGCUCCAAACCGAUCCUGGGACCCACCUGCCCUGGGGAGAACCCGUCCAACUUUGGGAAAGACUCGAGUCUCCGCUCUGGAUUCUCAGUGAAUCCCUAUAAAGGAAGACCUCAGUUUUCUCAUCGGAAAGGUGGGGCUAUGGAGUAUGGGAGGCUAGAGUUGGGGGAAAAGUGGCCCCGGUGCUGCAGUCCCUGUCUAAGAUGAGCACUCUCACAAGUUUGUCAUUAUAGGAAGUCUUCCAGAGACGGUAAUCUUCACCACCACCCACCCAAGCUCCUCUUCAUUUCCAGUGGCUACAGUUAGCUCAGGAUGGGGACAGAAAGGCAGGGUUCAGAGCCAGACUGCCAGAAGCAAUUCCACGCAGCAGUUACUGUCAUCCAGAGUUUACCCAAGAAUGGUUCUUAUCGCCCAUCCUAUGAGGAGAUGUUGCGUUUCUACAGCUACUACAAGCAGGCUACCCAGGGACCCUGUCAUGUGCCCAGGCCUGGCUUCUGGGACCCUAUUGGACGUUAUAAAUGGGAUGCCUGGCACAGUCUGGGCAGGAUGAGCCAGGAGGAGGCAAUGGCGGCUUAUAUUGCAGAGAUGAAGGUGGUGGCCCAGAAGGUGAUAGACACGGUUCCCUUGGGAGAGGUGGACGAUGGCAUGUUUGACUACUUUGUACCCUUGUACGAGAUGAUCCCUGACAUGCCUCAGCCCCCAGAGACCUUCUUGAAGAAACUCACAGCUCAGAAGGAGAAGAUGCCAAAUGGAGACAUGAGAACCGUCCUUGAGCCCCUACCACCUCCUGAGGAACCAGCCUGCCAGACAUCAGAAGCACAGCUACCCAGGGUGCCCAGUGUCCAUGGGAGAGCCUCCAUGGACCUGGAUUCUGAGGUUUUCUGUGAUUCCUUGGAACAGCUAGAGCCUGAGCAGGAUGAGUGGCUUCAGGAAGAGCUGAAGUUGGCGCAUGAAGGAGAGACUGAUGUCAGUAGUGACCACUUGCUUCCAAGAGAGAGAGAGAUGGUAGGAAGGGCUCCCCCGGGUCCCCAGGAGUUUGAAGCCUGGCUGGCCAGUACAGUUCAAGCCCUGCAAGAGAGCAUGCAGGAUGUCCAGGGGAGGCUGAGGUGUCUGGAGAGCCUGCCCCGCCCUACACAGAAUCCCCCAUCCCAGCAGGGGCCCUGGGCCUUGGAGCUCUCUACCCCCACACUCCUUCUCCUCCUCCUGUGGCCAUUCGUUGUCCAGUGGCUCUACCAACAGUUUCGGAGACAGAAGAGGUGAUUGGACCUUAGGGGACACUGCUGCUGCCAGAGGGGAUGAUGGGGGGAGGGGGGAGGAAGGUGCCUCCUGUUUCCUAGCCCUCCACAGUCUCCCACACUGCACCUGAGCCUUCCUGGGGAAGCAGGGAGGGCUUGGACCUCACCAGCUGGCCUCGUUUUCCUCACCUGUCAAAUGAGAGUGUCCGACUAGAUCUCUAAGGGUCCUCUCCAACCCUUAUUCUUCAGUCUAUGAGCUAUGUCACUAAGUAGUUGUGUGACCUUAGGUAAAUCGUUUUCCCUC